AUGGUUAUCCACUUGAUCUUUCUCCUCACGCAAACCCUAAUCCUAAUAGUUCUCUCUAUUCCCUCUCUCAUCAACACUUCCCAAUUGGAUUACGAUACUCUAGUUUUCAAACAAUGUGAUUUGACAGACACAAACAUCCUCCAAAAAACAACAAAAUAUCGAAAUUACUUGAAUCAGAGUCUCCUUAUUCGCGCACAAGCCGUUUCUUCUUUCUUACGCAAACUCGAAUCCGAAUCCUCUCGAUCUAAAUUCUAUAAGACUCUUGUUGGUAACGAAGAACACGCCGUCUCGGGAUGGUUCCAAUGCAGAGAAGAUUAUCCGAGUGAGAUCUGCCAUAGAUGUGUUGGUGAUCUUCGUGAGAUUUCGUCUAGAUUAUGUGGGAAUGCCACGUCAGCUCGUGUUCAUCUCCGAGGAUGUCACUUGAAAUACGAAAUCGAACUUGUUGGCACCCCUAGUGCUCAAGCUAAUAAUCAUCAUAACUACAAGUUAUUUGAAACACCGGAACAUGGUCUUAUCCACAAGAUAUGCGAAGGAGCUACGGCGGAGAUAUUCGCCGGAUUCGAAGAGAUGAGGACGGAGGCACUCACCGCAGCCGAAACAGGAGUAGUUGACGGCCACGGAUUCUAUGAAGAUAGCUACAAGCUCCUCCACGUUGUUGCUCAAUGCGACGGCCACGUUAAAGCUUGCGAUUGCGGCGAGUGCAUUAGUGCUGCCGCGGCCGCAGCGGCGGAAGAGUGUCGGUGGUCCAUCGCCGGUCAAAUUUACUUGGAAGGGUGCUACGUCGGAUAUACAUAUUACCCGCAUGAAAUCCCCGACGAGUCAUACCACGAAGAAGGGACAAAGGCUAACACGGGGAAGUCGUUGGCGAUAGUUGUCGGAGUAGUAGCGGCUUUGGUCUUUGUUGGUAUAAUUUUCAUGUUCCUCAAGAGCUUGCGUAGAAAAGGAGAUGAUUGUUGA